CCCGCCUCGAGCCAACAAGUCCAGCAUCGCAUCGCAAUGGGCCAAGCCUCCUCCACCCCCGCAGCCUCCUCCACCUCCACGCCCGCCGCCUCCGAGCCCGCGCCCGAGAAUUCCGUCCUCGACGUGGAGCUGGAGAUCGUGGCCGCCAAGGACAUCGCCGCCGGCGACUACUUCAGCGCGAAGGCCGCGCUCAAGGGCCACGUCGCCUCCAGCGACGCCUACGCGCUCAUCGAGGUGGCCGGCCAGAAGGUGGCCUGGACGCGGCCCAUCUUCGAGACGCUCGAGCCUGUAUGGAACGAGAAGUUCUUCUUCCGCAACGUGCGACCCGACACGGUGUGCAAGCUCUACCUGCUGGACAAGGACUUCGAGGACGACGACGCGCUGGGCCAGACGCAGUUCACGGCGGCCAACACGGACGGCGCCGAGACGACGUUCGAGCUGCCCAUCACGCGCGUGGACAAGCCCGCCGGCACCAUCGUGGUCAAGGUAAAGUCGCACCCGACGCCCGAGAUCGGCGACGGCAAGCUGCAGCAGGUCGGCCCCGUGCACUACUCGGUGCACCCGAGCUUCAUCAACGGCCUCAUCACGGACACCACCACGGACGACGAGAAGCGCGAGUCCUUCGCCUACCACGUGCAGCUGCACGACAUCCCGGCCUUCCUGCCCACGGACAACGAGUGGAACCACAACCACAAGCCCGUGCAGAGGAUCUUCUCGCCCGACCACCCGGAGGCCCCCGUGCUGCGCAAGGCCGUGGCCACGGAGCACGCGGCCGUGUACAAGCACGACUCGGACACGACCUACGGCGAGUUCAAGGGGCCCGAGGACUUCUUCAACCUGCUGCACGGCGGCAAGCGCCUGGACAAGCCCGUGCUCUUCACGUACGCUAUCAUUGAGACGGGCUGGUACUUCUCCGAGACCGGCGCAGCCUUCUUCAAGGACAUUCUGUCCAAGCACAUGCUGCAUUCGGGCGCUCAGUUCAACGUCAAGUACGCCGGAGAGUUCCACAUUGAGAAGGACCCCUCGGGCAAGUUCACGCUUUUCAUUGACAACAACAGCGGCACGUACGCCCCGCCCAAGGAGGAGCUGCCGCAGCUCAAAGCGCUGCUCGAGACCAACUUCCCCGGAAUUUCGGUCGGGGCCCUGGAUCGCAGCAGCGAAGAGCUCAAGGAGAAGCGCAAGGAGAUCCUGAACGCCUGGGCGGCGUAGAGGAUUUCUCAAUGAGUACCAGUCCCUCGCCUUUCAAGAAGGUCAAUGCAUCGAAGUUCGAUGCAGUACUAUAAGUAAGCUUUUUAAAAAAAUACCACCUCCGAUCGG